CCUGCUAGUCGGGAAGCCACAGGAGAAAGAAUUCAAGGAAGAAUACCGGCCGCUGCCCUUCUCAGCGCUCGAAGCCGUGCCAUGCUUGCCCUCCGAAGGAGCCUGACUAAGGCUCUGGCCGCUCGGACGCAGGCGCCUCAGGGGAAGGACAGGAAUAAAGACGCAGACGUAGAGAAUGGACUUGAGGAUACAAGGAGGACACGUUCUUCUGCCAACGAUAAUAAAAUGUGUGUUCAUCUUUUGCUACAGGCCCCAGACAAUACGAUGGAACAUUCUAUGAAUUUCGUACCUGUUAUGUUAAGCCCUCAAAGAUGAAUGAGUUCCUGGAAAAUGUUAAGAAAAACAUUCAUCUUCGGACAGCUCACUCUGAAUUGGUUGGAUUCUGGACUGUAGAAUUUGGAGGCAGAAUGAAUAAAGUGUUUCAUGUUUGGAAGUAUGACAAUUUUGCUCAUCGAACUGAAGUUCAGAAAGCCUUGGCCAAAGAUAAGGAAUGGCAAGAACAAUUUCUCAUUCCAAAUUUGGCUCUUAUUGAUAAACAAGAGAGUGAAAUUACUUAUCUGGUGCCAUGGUGCAAAUUAGAAAAACCUCCAAAAGAAGGAGUCUAUGAACUGGCUACUUUUCAGAUGAAACCUGGUGGGCCAGCUCUGUGGGGUGACCCAUUUAAAAGGGCAGUUCAUACACAUGUCAAUCAAGGCUACACAAAAUUAGUUGGAGUGUUCCAUGCAGAAUAUGGAAUACUCAACAGAGUUCAUGUUCUUUGGUGGAACGAGAGUGCGGAUAGCCGAGCAGCUGGGAGACACCAGUCUCAUGAGGAUCCCAGAGUUGUGGCAGCUGUUCGGGAGAGUGUUAACUUCCUUGGGUCUCAGCAGAAUAUGCUUCUGAUUCCUAUGUCAUUUUCACCAUUGAAAUAGUCUUCCACUGAUAAAUGAAGCAUUUCAUUAAGUGCCAUAAGCUGUGUCUACUAAUGGUGCUUAAAUUCUCCCAAGAGAUUCUCACUUUUAUUUGAUGGAGGUGGUAAGUUAAUUUGCUAUGUCCCUUGCAUAUUUAAAAGCUACCUCUGUCCACUGUCACCACCACGUCAGUAAACAGUCUGUUCCUUUUUGCCUAGUCAUUUCAGUAUCUGUCAUACAUUAAAAAUAGUUGCUAUUACUAUAGGAUCUUGACUUUUCAUUUGUUUCCAUAUAUCUCUUUUUCUCUAUUUUGACAACCCUCUGCUUUUAUAGCAUUUUCUUACAUUCAAAUGAUUCUUUCAUUUCCAUACCUGUGAUAAUAUCUUUAAAAUAUUUGUAUACAUUAUUAACCUUUUCAUCAUGUCUUUUUCUGAGAUUUUAAAAGUUUUUGUCCAUUAAAGUUUAUUUUAUACUACCAGAUAGGAUUCAUAAAAAUAUUAAACAUAUUUCUUUACUAUGGAAGAGUACAAUGUUACCUGUGUCAUCUGUAUUAAUUAUGGUUUUCACAUUAAUAAUUACUUACAUGGAAAAUAAUGUUAUUAGGUCCUGGUAUUAAAAGUUAUUGAUGACUCAUUGGUUUAUAUGCUGCAGUAUCUUCAUUUACAGUUAACUUUACUAAUUUUUACUUCAUUUUAAAUCACUGUUUAACAAAGGUACUUGGUCAUCUGUUUCUUUUAAUGAGAUAUUUAUGGUUAUGGAAAUGUUUGCCCUAAUAAAAGCCUACAUAUACAAUCUGA